GGGGUCCUUCGUUUAGCGCCAGUUUAGAUUUCCCUCUCUGUGUAGGAGCACGGUUUGGUGGGUUUGUAAAAGAAAUAAGCGACUGCCUGGCUUGGAAAGGAACCAAAGUGACUCGUUGUUGUAAGCGGUUCGGAUAUUUGGGUCAGUAUCGCCGGUGCAGGCGGAGGACGGACAGCUGAGCAGCUGCGAACAGAAACUCCCAGAUUUCUUCAUCAUCUCACACCACCUGAUCGUUCUAAUUGAUAUUCACCUUUAAGCCGGGCCCAGUCAGCGCCUCUGAGAUGGACAGUGAGGAUGACUUGGACAUUCUGACGGCGCUCCUGGCGGAGAGCGAGGAUGGCGGCGACGUGCGAGGCGGCGAAGAGCAGGCGGACGAUUUGGACGGCCUGUUCGACGAGGACGACAAAGACGAGGAGGAGUACAAGGAGGGCAGCGAGGGGGGGACCCCCGAGGACGCAGCCUCGCAUCUCUUCGGGGAUCUUGGCGACAUUGAGAGCGAGGAGAAGGACGCGGAAGGGAAAGGAAGUGACUCGAACAGCUCCAAAGAGGAUUUGCAAGAGGAACUGAGGCGGAUGCAGGAGCAGAUGCAGAAGCUGCAGCGGCGGCUGGAGGCGAGCCAGAAGAGUUCAGCUCCUCCGCCGGCUAACAGGAGCCACGCGGGAAGCGCCGCCUGUCCCAAAGCGGGACGGUCAAAAGCAACGCCGAGCCGGCCCCCAGCCUCCAAACAGAGCCAGGCCAAACCUAAACCACAAGCAGUAGCAGCGUCUCCGUCCGCUCCGGCCAGAGGAGGAGGCUCCAAGCUGCAGGAGUCCUCAGACUUCCUCUCUCAGCUCAGCAACGCAGACUCAUUCAAACGCAAACCGAGAAUGGCUCACCAGCCCAAAGCUUCCCCGCCAGAGGAUAGGAGACCGCUGGUGGAGGUGAAGCUCGGCAGCUCCUUCCAGCCCCUAGAGGGCAGCAGCGAGGCCUCGGGUCGCCUGCUCUCAUCCCCGCCCUCCCACAGCAGGACCGCACCAGCCGGCCCGCCUAAACCUGCUCCCCAGCCCCCUGUCCCUGCAGACGUAGGCGUGGAGAAGUACUCCGGACUGCGUCUCAGGAAGCCGCGAGUUUCCUCCAGCGAGAUGGACCGGAAGAUGGCCGACCGCCGGCUGAUCCGGCUGUCCCAGGUGCCGGAGCGCCUGCAGCGGGACAAGCUGGAGGACAGCGACUGGGUGACGUUCGGGGUGCUGGUGGGCAAAGCUACGCCGCAGAGCAGCACCAGCGGCAACACCUUCAGCGUCUGGAAGCUGAACGACCUGCACAACCUGGAGGUGUUCGUGUCCCUGCUGCUGUUCGGCGAGGUCCACAAGGAGCACUGGAAGAUGCAGCUCGGCACGGUGGUGGGACUCCUCAACCCCAACCCCAUGAAGCAGAGGGACGGCUACGACGGGGUCAGCCUGACGGUGGAUCACCCUCAGAAGGUGCUGGUGAUGGGCGAAGCCCUGGACUACGGCACCUGCAAAGCCACGAAGAAGAGCGGGGAGCCCUGCUCUCAGAUCGUCAACAUGUACGAGUGCCAGUACUGCCAGUACCACGUCAAAGCCCAGUACAAGAAGAUGAGCGCCAAGAGGGCGGAGCUGCAGUCGGCCUUCUCGGGGAAGGCCCCCAACCGGGUGAAGGGCAGCGGGAGGGGGGGCGGCCUGAGGGAGCGGCUGUGUCAGGACGGCUUCUACUACGGCGGCGUCUCCUCCGCCGCCUGCGCCGCUUCCCUGACCGCGGCCAAACCGAACAAACCCGUCCAGAAGACUCUGGACAAGCUGUUUGUGAGAGGGUCGGCUCAGCUGGUCAGUCAGGCCCGGAGGCUGGGGAUGCAGUCCGGGGAGGUGGCUGGAUGCUCCGACGAAUUUAAGGGCCUGAUGUCGAGGCCGACGCCCGGCGCCCUGCAGCUGAAGAAGCACCUUGAGCAGGACAGCCAGUUAGAUGCGUCCGGAGCUCCGCUUCAGUCCAUCUCUGCAGCCGAGCUCUUAAAGCAGCAGAAACAGAAGCAGCGCGAGCUCCUGGACAGCCGGCGACACAGAGCCCAGCAGAGGGCGCCGCAGGACUCCAGCAGCGGCGCCACGACGCCGGGGCGAUGGGGCCUGACGUCUCCUAAAGCCGCAUCAGAGGUCCCCGAGAAGGCGGCACCGCCACGCCCCCCGACCCUGGGCCGCGGCUUCUCCGAGGGCGACGACAUCCUUUUCUUCGACCACGCCCCGCCUCAGGCUCCGCCCCCGAGCGCCCUCAGCCUGUCGGCGGCCAAGCUGGCCGCUCUGAGGAAGCUGAGGGCCAAAGGAGCGGCGCUCGAGAAGGAAGACCCCAACGGCGUGAAGAGGAAGAGGGGCGACAGCGGCGAGAUCAGCGCCCGCGUGGAGAAGAACCGGACCUCGCCAAACGGCGAGCCGUCCGGUAAGGAUGAGGAGGAGGAGGAGGAGCCAGCCCUGAAGAAGAAACGCGACCAGCUUCGCUACGUGGAGUCCGAGGAGUUCCAGAGGAUCCUCAACGCCAAAUCCCGCCACGGACUCGUGCUGCAAGCGGCGGAGUACCAGCUGCAGGAGCGCUACUUCGACGUUCUGGUGAAGAAGGAGCAGAUGGAGGAGAAGAUGAAGGGGAUCAGGGAGAUGAAGUGCCGGGCUGUCACCUGUAAAAAGUGCAGCUACACCUACUUCAAGCCGGCGGAUCGCUGCGUGGGUGAGAACCACCCCCUGCGCUGGCACGACGCCGUCAAGCGCUUCUUCAAAUGUCCCUGUGGACAGAGGGCCAUCGCUCUGGACAGGCUGCCUCACAAACACUGCAGCAACUGUGGCCUGUUUAAGUGGGAGCGUGACGGGAUGCUGAAGGAGAAAAGCGGACCCAAGAUCGGCGGGGAGCUUCUUCAGCCUCGAGGAGAGGAGCACGCCAAGUUCCUCAACAGCAUGAAAUGAACUCUGAUUAGUGAGGGAAUCAUGUGAUGAGCUUUUCACGUCCGUGUUGGAGCAUUUUUUUUUUUAGUCAGUUUUUAAGUGUAUUCAGAUUUUUUAUGGAUUGAAUCUGCUGUAAACAGGCUGAUUAAAGCAAUAAAUUACAAUGUCAUGUAAAA